AUGUCAACUACCUUCUCGAAAGCAAUGCCAUCUCUUGUAAAGUCCAUUCCCGAAACAUCUUCGCAUAAAAGUCGCGUUACUAUUGUAGAUCCAGAAGAAUCGGUUGUAAGCAACCCAGUUCAAUCUGUUGAAACGAAAAAGAUUGUCUUGCUCAAACGGCCUUCUUCAAAUAGUACCAAUGGCAUACACACCACUAAUCCUACUACGAUUGAUAAUAGUGGGGAGUCUAAACAGUCAUCUCCGAUAAAUAGUAAUGGUAAUAAUAAUAACGGUAAUACAUCGCCAAUCCCCAGUCGAUCAGAAACGUAUUCGCCAACUUCGAAUGGCGAAUCACCUACCGAAGAAAGUGUUGAUUUGGGAGAAAUUGAUGCCGCUACUGGUCUCGAUAAUUUUUUAUUGACUGCACUUAAAAAUCCGAAAGACAGAUUGUUCUUAUUAAAAUUGGAUCAGGAUAUGGCUAACAAAUAUCUUUUGCACUUUGUAUCACCUUCAAGUCGUUUACGAUUAGAAUUUCCACAGAUGAAUUCUUAUCAAAGGCUUAUUGUCCAUAGAGUAGCUCAAUAUUUUAAAUUGUCUCAUGUGGUGGACAGUAGUGGAAAAGCUGUUGUUCUCUACAAAUCUGCGGAAACAGCAAUUCCAAUACUUCGUUUCUCUGAUCUUGAACAAGAGGAGGAAAAACCUCCCGAGAAAUCAGUAAAAAUUAUGAGACGACAGUCGAAUCAUCCGUCUAUUCGAUCAGUCGGUGAUAAUUCUGAUAGUAAUUCUGAAAGUGAACGUCGAACGCAUCUAACAAUCGAGGAACGUGAAGCAGCCUAUCAAAAAGCUCGUGCUAGAAUUUUCAAAGACAAAGAAAAAAAGGAUUCUGAACAAGAAGAGACGGAAGGGUCGAGAUCUCCAAGCCCUG